CCGGCCGCCAUGCCGCGCGCCUUGUCCGGCUUGCCAUGCCAACAGCUUAGGCCGCAGCAGUUGUUGCUCCCCCAGCAUCAACAGGCGGCACCGCCGCAGCCCUUGCCGCCGAACUCGGCGCGCCACGGCCGUGGCUCCCGGAGGCGUUCCUUGCAGCUGUUGCUGGGUCUCUGUUGCACCCCUGCCGCGGCGCGCGCGGCGCUGAAGGGUCGCACGGCUUGCGUCACGGGCGCCAGCAGAGGCAUUGGCAAGGGGAUUGCCAUCGCUUUGGGCGAGGUGGGUGCCAAGGUCUUUGUCACAGGGCGUCGCAAGGAGGCGGUGAAGAGCACCGCCGACCUGGUGACCGAAGCGGGGGGCCAAGGCGUACCACUCGUCUGCGACCAUGCAGUGGAUGAGCAAGUUAAGGGGGUCUUCGAGGAGAUUGGUGCUCAGACUGGCGGUCAGCUGGACAUCUUGGUGAACAACGCCUUCCAGGACCCGGCACAGAAGGACGCCAAGAGCGAUGAGUUGCUCAGCAAGGGCGCCAAGUUCUACGAGCUGCCGUUGCAAAUCUGGGACGACGUGCACCGUGUGGGUCUGCGAUCGCAUUACGUGUCCUCCUACUACGCUGCGCCUUUGUUGUUGUCGGCCGCCAGCAGUGAGUGGCGACCCUUG